UCUUUCUUUCUUUCUUUUUUCUUUUAGAAAUUCUCUGACAAUAAUGAUUUAUAUUAUUUUGCUUUAAGCCUUCAAUUAACUCCAUGCGUACAAAUUGUGUAAUUUUUAGGUGUGUGUAUAUAUACAGUGUGGACACACAUAAAACAAGGCCAACCAGAGGCAGCCACAUAGAGGUCAAAGAGAAGCUCUUUUUCUGCAGGUGUUCUGAGGCCUUUGUCUCCCCUUCAAUGGCUUCAGUUGGGGCAGUGAAGCUGUUUUUCUGUUUGGUUCUAUGGCUCUCCAACAUGCUUUCUACUUCUCAAGGGAAGGAGAAUUUCUCCCAUUACAGGUACCCAUUUAUCAGAAGUGCAAGCUCAUUCUCAGGAUCAUCAUCAUUCUCAUCAUCCAGCGGUGGCAGCAAUGCUUAUGACUACAUAAUUGUGGGAGGUGGCACAGCUGGGUGUCCCCUGGCUGCCACCCUCUCUCAAAACUUCAGUGUCCUGUUGCUUGAAAGAGGGGGUGUUCCUUUCUCCAAUGCAAACAUCUCAUUUUUAAAGAACUUCCACAUUGCCCUGGCAGACAUUUCUCCAACUUCUGCUUCCCAAUUCUUCGUUUCCACAGAUGGAGUUAUUAAUACUAGAGCUAGAGUUUUGGGUGGUGGCACUUGCAUCAAUGCUGGCUUCUACACUAGAGCAAGCACAAGGUUUAUAAAGAAGGAGGGUUGGGAUGCCAAGCUAGUAAAUGAGUCCUACCCUUGGGUUGAGAAGAAAAUUGUCCACCGCCCUAAGCUUGCGCCAUGGCAGAAAGUCGUAAGGGACAGCCUUCUGGAUGUAGGGGUGUCACCUUUUAAUGGCUUCACAUAUGAUCACGUGUAUGGAACCAAGAUCGGAGGGACCAUUUUUGACAAUUUUGGCCGCCGUCACACUGCUGCCGAUCUACUUGCCUCCGGGAACCCUCGCAAGCUCACCGUCUUGGUUCAUGCGACUGUCCAAAAGAUUGUUUUCGACACAACAGGAAAGCAACCAAAGGCUGUGGGGGUCAUUUUCGUAGACGAAAAGGGUGACAAACAUCAAGCACUUCUUGUAAAUAAGCCACGGAGUGAAAUCAUAUUGUCUUGUGGAGCAAUUGGGACCCCUCAAAUGCUACUGCUAAGUGGUGUUGGACCAAAAGAUGAGCUCAAAAAUUUGAAGGUUUCGGUAGUGCAUGAUAACAAGUUUGUUGGGAAAGGCAUGGCGGAUAACCCCAUGAACUCUGUUUUCGUUCCCACUAAUUGGCCGGUUAAGCAGUCACUCAUACAAACUGUAGGGAUAACAAAGAAGGGUGUGUAUAUUGAAGCUAGCAGUGGCUUUGGACAGUCCAAUGAUAGCAUUCACUGCCACCAUGGCAUCAUGUCAGCCGAGAUUGGGCAGCUCUCCACGAUUUCUCCAAAGCAGAGAACGCCAGAGGUCAUUCAAGCUUACAUCAGAGGCAAGCGAGAUUUACCCCAUGAAGCAUUCAAGGGAGGCUUCAUACUAGAAAAAAUUGCCACCCCCAUUUCUAGAGGCGAGCUCAGACUGAUGAACACCAAUGUUGAUGACAACCCUUCUGUCACCUUCAACUACUUCAAGCAUCCAUAUGAUCUUCGACGCUGCGUCCAAGGGAUUCGCAUGGCCACGAAGAUUGCACAGUCGGAACACUUCACAAACUACACAAAGUGUGAGAAGCAAACUGUGGAGAAGAUACUUAACAUGAGUGUCAGCGCUAAUGUUAACCUCAUUCCUAAGAAUACCAAUGACACAAAGUCCAUGGAGCAGUUCUGCAAAGACACUGUUAUCACAAUUUGGCACUACCAUGGUGGGUGCCAUGUGGGCAAGGUGGUUAACAAGGACUACAAGGUUCUUGGUAUUCACAGGCUACGUGUUGUUGAUGGCUCAACGUUUAGAGAAUCGCCAGGCACAAACCCUCAAGGCACUGUCUUGAUGAUGGGCAGGUACAUGGGAGUGAAGAUUUUGAGGGACAGAUUAGGAAGAGCAGCUGGAAUAUGAGGAAGCAUGGAAGGUCAGAUAGGAGGAUAAGAGGAGGAGAAGCCUUGAGAGAACUGAGGAAAAGCAUACAAUAUGUGAUUUUGGUUUGAAAAAAAAAUGGAAAGCAGGGGGAAGGAAACCUCUUCUCAACUAAACUGCCUAGUUUAAGCUUAGUUGAGCGAAGGUUUUAGAUUUUGGCUUUAAAGUUUCAAGAGUCAAGAUUAUUUUUCUAGAUUUCUCAGUAACUAAUUAGUGUAAAUUAAUUGACCUCAGGUUUCUACAAGUGCU